AGUAGCCUCCUAUAGCGAUAUACACAUGCUCGAAACUCAACAGUAUUCAUACCGAGAUUGUGGAUUUCAACAGAGCGACUGCUCUUAACGUGUGCUGUGGACGCACUAGAUAGACGGGGUCCCUUAUAGGGUAGUUCUAUUAAUUUUAGUUUUGUGGUACUGUCUCUUAUUUGUUUUUCUUUUAUGCGCAAUGGCGUCUCCUUUUAACUAUAUGGUUGUAUUCUUCUGCACGACUGCUGGACAGAGAGGGGCACUUCUGGGUUCUGAUGAGGAGGAGAUUAUUUUGUUUGUCUGGGUGGUGGUUGAUGUCGAGACUAACAAGAUUAUUGCCUUUCAAAAAGCCUACGUAGGACCGGAAUCCGGAGAAGCCCCGGAGGAACUAUGCAAAAACCUUGGUGUAGGUGUGGAUAUGGUGAAGGGGGCGGCACGAUUAAACGUAGUACUUCAACAGUUUGACCAGUUCUUACGGACAGAACUUAACAUAGAUGAAGGAGCAACGUUGUGCCUGGUAACAGACGGCCAGCUACAUCUCCGACAGUGUCUUCAUCCACAAGCUUCCAACAAGGAUCUCCAGCUUCAACCCUACUUCAGCAGAUUCUUCGAUCUCAGGAAAGAAUUCAGAAAAAUCUACCCACAGGCUGGUAUGAUAAGCAACGUCAAAGACAUGGCUGACCAUAUGAACAUUGACACAGGUAAACUAAACUUCAUGGAACUUGGUGCUGAUGAAUGCCAACUAAUGGGCACAAUUAUUCAGAAGUUUAUAGCAGAUGGUCAUACAUUCAUUGAACCUGAAAUUGUACAAGAGCGGUACGAACCCGGAACAUAGUAAAUAGAUAAAGGGCUGUCUCUUGAAUAUCAUGUACCAGAUGACCAGGUCGUCAAGGCGCGUGGGUUACCAUGGCAAGCAUCUGACCGUGAUGUAUUCAAAUUCUUUAAAGGCCUCAACGUUGCUAAAGGAGGCAUUGCUUUAUGUUUAAACCUACACGGGAGGAGGAAUGGGGAAGUUAUGGUGAGGUUUGAAAACAGUGAACAGAAGGAUCUUGCACUACAACGUCACAGGCAUAAUCUAGGCAAACGAUAUGUAGAGGUAUUUCGAGCGCAGGGAGAAGAGUUCAUUAAAGUGGCCGCAGGUACCUCUAGAGAAGCAGCAUUAUUUCUUUCACGUGAUGACGGGCAUAUAAUUGUGCGCAUGCGUGGACUACCUUUCACGGCAACUGCAAAAGAAGUGGUGGAUUUCUUUGGACCACAAAUCCCAGUUGCUGGAGGAGAAGAUGGAAUUUUGUUCGUGAAGCAACGAAACGGAAAAGUGACGGGCGACGCCUUUGUCUUAUUUUCGUCUGAGGAAAUUGCAGGAAAAGCGUUGGACAAACACAAAGACUACCUCGGUAGCCGAUAUAUCGAGAUUUUCCGAAGCACGACGGCAGAGGUACAACAAGUGUUGUCUCGACUCCAUUCCGAACCACUUGUCCCCGAGGGGCCACCCCAACAUAUCCAUCCUCCCGUCAUACCUCACAUGAUUCACCCAGUAGCCAUGCCAGCCCCGCCACCACCGCAGUUGAUUCCCGCGCCAGCACCACCAGCACCACAAGUCAUUAGCACAGGAUGCGCACGCGAUUGUAUACGCAUGCGUGGACUGCCAUUCACAGCAACAGUUGAAGACAUUAUGAGGUUUCUUGGAGAGUUUCAGCAUUAUAUUCGACCACAGGGUGUUCAUAUGGUCUAUAAUAUGCAGGGUAAACCAAAUGGAGAGGCCUUCAUUCAGAUGUUAUCGGCGGAGAAAGCUUACCUCGCAGCCAGUAUGUGCCAUAUGAAAUAUAUAGGAGAUCGCUACAUCGAAGUCUUCCAGUGCUCGGCUGAUGAGAUGAACUACAUGCUGUGGGGAGGAGUCAAAAACAAACACCCACAAAUGUCGCCACCAGCUGGUACCUUGCCUCCUACCACAGUCCAGUUCAACGGUACACCAACUGGUCUUCCACCACACCCAGCCGUCUUUCAAGGCAUGCCCCUUCCACACGCCGCCAGACACACGGCUAAUCCCUACAUGCAGGCACCGUUAUAUUACGUCCCAGCAUCUGCUUCGACCAUGACCCCGACGGCAAACCACUUAUACUACCCACAUCCACAGGCACAUAAUCCGGCCACCCUGAUGCGGGUUCGAGGAAUGCCAACGUCGAUACCGGUAGGCGCUACUGUGCCGCAUGACUUAGCAAACUACAUUCAAGCAACUUCUUUUGGGGCCAGCAGAACCGAUAGCGCUGUCUUACAAAUACCCUACCAAGCAGCUUAUAAUUCCUUGCAAAUGAUUCCAACAGAAAAUAUCCAAGCGCCAUUCAGUGGAGAAACGUUACUUCAUUACCCGGCUACUGCCCAUGACCUAAAAACGCACGCACACCCGGAAGCACGUAAAAUCGCAAAAGUGGAUGGCGGUGCCAUGUACCUCUCAUAAAUAGAGCUCGCAAUUUUAUACUAAACUGAGGAUGCGCAAUAGAAAUGCUGUAUGGCUCUAAAAUUUGAAAAAAAUGUUGUUACUAUGAGGACAGCAUGCAAUGUUAAAUAUUAGAUUCGAACAAAAUUGUAAAAUUGAAUUUUUAAAAUGCGUACGUUAGAGUAAUAUAUAAGGAAACACUAAUUUAUAUUCAUAAUAUUGUAUACAGUGUUGUUUAGUCUUCCUUAGCAACACCAUAAGCGCCUUAAUUUGUAUAAUAUUUUUAUUUAAAAUGUGAAUUAAUUUAAUUGUAUUAUGUAGCAAUUUAAAGUGGUCUUGCAAAUGUUCGAAGUAAUUAAAUUUCUUCCAUUUUUCAAGCCAAGCAACAAUCAACAGUCUUCCAAAAACUAGAUUGAUGUUUUUUUACGAUAUAUGUCUAGUUAGAACAUUUUAUAUUAUUUAAUUACUGUAGUUGUUAUAAGAAUAAUAUUAUAGAUAGAUCAAUAGUCUUAGAACUAUAUACAAUCCAAGACUCAAUCAUAUUGAAGUUAAAAGUGUUUACCUCUUCCAACUCGUUCCUCUCAAAUUUUUCUUAUCGGCAAAACGGGAUUACUUUCUGAGAGCGUACAACUCGUUAGAUCAACAAAUUUUAACAUAAAUUACUUUAGCUCCAGGGUCGAAAAAAGUGACACGAUUUGAAGAUAAAAUGGAAUUUUGACAAUUGCAACUCAUCAUCAACAUGUUUUGUUUUUUAUUCACAAGAAAAAAAAAACCGUGAUAGAAACUAAAUUGCAACGUAAUUAUUUCGCUAUUUUGUUAGCUGGGUAGAAUUUUCUGAACAUAAUAAGCUACCAUCGACAAUGUCACUGUUAUAACGAUUGAUAUAAAAUGUCGAUGCAAUAUUAGUUAUUUUUUUAAUACAGUAAUUAUUGUUAAUUAAAGUGACUGGCCGUCGAAUGCCAUGUGUAAUGUUGGGCGGCGGCUACUCAAGUUUUUGGGUUGUGGAGGUAUAAAGACAAACCAGCAUCUAAUUUCAAAGAUUAUUUGUAACUCAUUAUUAUGUACCAGUAAUGUUUUAACGUAAGCCACAAUUUGCCUUUUAUUUCAUUAUUAUAUUUUUUUUUCUAAGAAUCCUCAUACAUACCUAAUAUGCAUAGGUGUCACUUUUUCAAAUUUGUAAAUAAUUGAAAAACAUUUCAAUAACGUGCUAAUAUAGUAAACGUGUUUAGAAACUAUAACAUAAUUCAUUUUUUUUCAAAAUAGUAGUAACAAUUGUAAAUAGUAAGUAGUAGAUAAUAUGAAUUUUUUGUACAUAUUUUACAAAUUUAUCAUUAUUAUAAGUCAAGCAAUGCAUGCAACGACGAUUAUUAUUAUUAUCAUUAAGACGUAAUAUUAUGAAUUUUAAUUCGCAUAGUAUUAUCUAGUGUAGCACUGUAACUAUGCAAAUGCUAGACAACAUUUUUAAUAUAUAUAUCUUGCUUUUUAGCAUUUUUAUCUUGUGAAUAUUUAAUUAAGCCGAAUACAUAAUGUUCUUUAACUCUUUUCAGUUCCGCUUUGUUUGGAUGUUCAACCAAUAUUCGCUCCUGAUUGGUUCAUUCAAUCUACCAAUCAGAUUGUAUUUAUCCCAAACAUGUUUAUUCUUCUUACUUCUUAUGUUCAGGUAAUUUGUAAUUUAUCACUUUUGAGUAUCAUUUCUAUGCUGACGGAAGUGCAAUACAUGAUAAAGUUCGAGACGAUAAGUGCGUGACUAGUUUCUGCGCAUGUCAAGUAAUGAUCUAACCAAUCAUAUCGAGGUACAGAUCACGUCACGUAGCUAAUAAAGUUCUUGCGAUAGUUGAGGCAUAGCCGAGUGUUAUUUUCCUUAAUUACUGUACUAAAAAAUCAUGCAAUUUUGAUAUUUGCAGGAAAUAUUCAAUUUUUUUUAGCAUUAGAUGCUGAAAGUGUAAUAGUUACACAAACACUUGUAGACGUGUUAAUGUGUAGGCCUAUGUGUGUGUUUUAUAUGAUUUCUUUUCUUAUAUCGUUUGAUAUUAUUACUGUAUUAACAUGCUCUUAAAAAAGGUAGUGCUACUGCUAUUUUUGAGCAGGUCAUGAAUGAGGUCAGUAAUGUGUGUCGUCAUAUCCUUUUCUUGGCUUGUUCGAUUUAUUUUUAUACAAGAGAUUAACAAUAUUUAAAUGAAAGGUUUUUUUUAAUUGGCGAAUAGGUAAGAAAAAAAUCUCAAAACCGAAAAUGUAUUCUGUACAAUUUGUACAAGUUUUCAGUAGUAUUAGUCCGCGGGUAUCGCACCUAGCUGUUCUGACAUUAAACCUUGCAAAUUAAAAUGAAAUAACGAAGAAGAUAUAUAAUUAAUAUCAUGUAGCUUUUAAGCAAUUAUUCAUUUAAUAUUAUUCAAAUUGUACUGCGGACAGUUUCAAUUAACAUAUUACCUGCAAAGUUACCAUGUUAUGCUAAAAAUUAAUAUGUUAACUAAUGCAAAGUAUACAUAGCAUUGACAAUAAAGCUUCAAAACUCAAAAAUAA